UGACCAAGUGUUCCCAGUUUCAAAUAUGAACGUUUUAUAUCAAAUUAAGGAUAUAAGCGGACGUAUCGUCGCGGCGUCUGUUGACAAGGGCGAAACGGUGUGCGGGUGUUCGUGCGGUGCAAGCAAGCAGUGGGUGAAGGAGAGAGACUCAGGUGUGCGUGACUGGAAAACGGAGGAAGCCGUGGCAGUUGUGAGGCAAAGCUGCUGGUGGCUUUGACAUUGAACCGAACGCAAUCGCUGCGAUCUCCCCCCCCCCCCCCCCCUUCGUAGAGAGCAAAAUUGCGACCUAUUUAUCAAGAGGCGUCACACGCGAGUAAGGUUCAUGUGAACAUGUCGAUCUGUCGCCACGCACUUUGGACACAAGCUCCGCCUUUGGACUUCGAUCAUUUCUUAAGCCUCAGUCAAGAUUUUCUGUUAAAUUUCCCCACGUCGCGUUGCUAGACCUGUCACACUUUUAGUGACGGUCCAACGUUGACAUCUGAAGACACGGAAGAAAAGAAUGAGUUAAAGCAACCUGAAACAAGAGUGCUUUUGGCAUGGCCAGAAAAAGUCUUUGCAGGAGCGGUCGUUGCCUGUGACGGGAUCCUUUCAUUUCACCUUUGGCACAAUAAACAAACACAAGAUGAAUCUGCGGCUACUCCUCUUCUUCAUUUGGGCGACGUUUGAGCAAACGGACUCUGUGCAGUCUAGUGAACGGCGAGUUGUAGCCCACAUCCCCGGCGACAUCAUCAUUGGAGCCCUUUUCUCUGUGCAUCAUCAGCCCCCUGCAGACAAGGUUCAUGAACGCAAGUGCGGCGCGGUUCGAGAGCAGUAUGGCAUCCAGCGGGUGGAGGCCAUGAUGCACACGUUGGACCGCAUCAACGCAGACCCUCACAUCCUUCCCAACAUCACCCUCGGAUGCGAGAUCCGCGACUCCUGUUGGCACUCCGCCGUGGCUCUGGAGCAGAGCAUCGAAUUUAUUCGGGAUUCGCUGGUAGCCUCCGACGAGGCGGAGGAGUUGGGUGGAGGAACCCCUUGGGGAGGAGGCGGCGGUGGGGGAGCAGCCAUGAAGUGCACCGACCCCUCUGCCACUCCCAUGCGAGGGAAAAAGCCCAUUGUGGGCUUAAUCGGGCCGGGAUCGAGCUCGGUAGCAAUCCAGGUCCAGAACCUUCUUCAGCUGUUCAACAUACCACAAAUUGCCUACUCUGCCACCAGUAUGGAUCUUAGUGAUAAGAGUCUUUACAAGUACUUUAUGCGGGUGGUGCCGUCAGACGCUCAACAGGCAAGGGCCAUGGUGGACAUUGUCAAGAGAUACAACUGGAGCUAUGUGUCUGCCAUCAACACUGAAGGCAACUAUGGCGAAAGUGGGAUGGAAGCAUUCAAGGACAUGUCGGCCAAAGAGGGCAUUUGCAUCGCUCAUUCUGGCAAAAUCUGGAGCAAUGCUGGAGAGCAGAGCUUCGACCGAUUGGUGGAAAGACUGAAGGCCCACCUGCCCAAGGCCAGGGUGGUGGCGUGCUUCUGCGAGGGCAUGACUGUCAGGAAUAUCCUCAUGGCUAUGAGGCGCCAAGGACUGGUGGGAGAGUUUCUUCUCAUUGGCAGUGACGGCUGGGCUGACAGGUAUGACGUGACGGAUGGUUACGUGAAGGAAGCUGCCGGUGGCAUCACCAUCAAGCUUCAGUCUGCGGACGUCAAGUGGUUCGACGACUACUACCUUAAACUGCGCCCUGACAACAACCUGAGGAACCCCUGGUUUACAGAAUUUUGGCAACAUCGCUUCCACUGUCGACUGAAGGGCCACCCGCAGGAAAACAGCAAGUUCAACCGCACCUGCAGCAAGCGAGAAUCUCUCCGGCAGCAGUAUGCACAGGACACUAAAAUGGGGUUCGUCAUCAACGCCAUUUAUUCGAUGGCAUAUGGCCUGCAUAACAUGCAACGGGCACUGUGCCCAGGCUAUCAGGGCCUGUGUGACGCCAUGAGGCCUAUUGACGGUGCUACGCUGUUGGACUUCCUCAUGAAAACUAACUUUACUGGAGUAUCUGGGGAGGGAAUCCUCUUUGAUGAGAAUGGAGACUCGCCUGGCAGGUAUGAAAUCAUGAAUUUCAAGAAGAUGGGAAAGGACUACUACGAUUACAUUAACGUGGGCAGUUGGGACAACCGCGGAUUGAAAAUAGACGAUGACGAAAUAUGGUCCAGCAAAGAUGUUGUCAUCAAGUCAGUUUGCAGCGAACCCUGCGCCAAAGGGCAAAUUAAGGUGAUCCGUAAAGGUGAGGUGAGCUGCUGUUGGACGUGUACUCCCUGUAAAGAAAAUGAAUUUGUGUUUGAUGAGUAUACCUGCCGAGCAUGUGACCUGGGCUCCUGGCCCACUCAUGACCUCACAGGAUGUGAUCCAAUUCCGGUGGAGUACUUACGAUGGGGGGACCCCGAACCUAUCGCUGCUGUGGUCUUUGCCUGCCUUGGGCUCAUGGCGACAUUCUUUGUCACCGCCGUCUUCAUUAGGUUCAGGGACACUCCUGUGGUGAAAUCCUCCAGCAGGGAGCUCUGCUAUAUAAUUCUGGCAGGUAUCUGCCUGGGGUACCUGUGUACCUUCAGCCUCAUCGCCAAACCACACGUCAUCCAUUGCUACCUCCAGCGCCUGGGAAUUGGCCUGUCACCCGCCAUGAGCUACUCUGCUUUGGUCACCAAGACCAACCGAAUUGCACGGAUCCUGGCAGGCAGCAAGAAGAAGAUUUGUACAAAGAAGCCUCGAUUCAUGUCUGCCUGCGCCCAGCUCAUCAUUGCCUUCCUGCUCAUACUGUUACAGCUCGGCAUCAUUGUAGCGCUCUGCCUCAUGGAGCCACCCCAGGUGAUCCAUGACUACCCAAGCAUCCGUCAAGUCAACCUCAUAUGCAACACCACUAACUUGGGUGUGGUUGCUCCUCUGGGAUACAAUGGCCUGCUCAUUCUCAGUUGUACCUUCUAUGCCUUCAAGACCCGCAACGUUCCCGCUAAUUUCAACGAGGCCAAGUACAUUGCCUUCACCAUGUACACCACCUGCAUUAUAUGGCUGGCCUUUGUUCCCAUCUACUUUGGCUCCAAUUACAAAAUAAUCACCAUGUGCUUCAGUGUCAGCCUCAGCGCCACAGUGGCCCUUUGCUGCAUGUUUGUACCAAAGGUGUACAUCAUUCUGGCCAAACCAGAGCGAAACGUGCGCAGUGCCUUUACUACCAGUACAGUGGUGCGCAUGCAUGUCGGCGAUGGCAAAUCAUCCUCAGCUGCUAGCCGCUCCUCCAGUCUGGUCAACCUGUGGAAACGCAAAGGCUCCACUGCGGAGACUCUCAGCUCAAACGGUAAGUCGGUGUCUUGGGCCCAGACCGAGCGCAACAGUUCACACGGGAACCACUUGUGGCAGCGUCUGUCCUUCCACAUCAAGAAGAAGGAGAACAAUCAGACAGCGGUCAUCAAGCCCUUCUCCAAGACAUCCGAGGAGCGCUACUGUGGAAGAACCGACCUUCCUCCGCACAUGCCCCUGCCUUCGCUCCCCUCCAUUUCCUCCCUGCCCUCUCAAAGCGACACCGGCGCCGACAAGAACCUGUACGAUCUAUCCGAAGCGGAGGAGAGGUAUUCCCUCACGUAUGGGCCACAAACGCCCUCCCCAAUCAGUACGGUGAGCCAGAGACUCGCCGCCGCUUUGGAGGAGGAGCCUCAGACGGCAAGCGGCGCCAAGUAUCCCGGCAGCAUUUGCAGCCAGAGCAGCGGCGGCAGUUACGGCCAGGUCAGCGGCGGCUCGGGAGUGGCCGGGUGCGACGGUCGCCUGAUCAUCUUGGAGGGUCGUCCAGUGGCCUGCCAGAGCAACCUGAUGGAUCAGAUCAGCUGCGUGGUGAACCGCUUUACGGCCAACAUCAGCGAGCUCAACACCAUGAUGCUGCUCUCCUCCCCUACGCACCCGCACGCGCACAAACACUCGCCGCCGGCGCCGCACCCCACCGACCCCUAUCUUCUUCCUCGCGAGAUCCACAGCCCUCCUAUCGUCACCACCUAUGCCGAAGUGCAGCCCCACCCCCUCGCCGAGCCGAGCUUGGGCCGCCAGGUUGGCUGUCCCGUUCAUCCCGUCCCCCUUCCACAUCCGCCUUACCCUCUUCCACCUCCUCAUCCCCAGUCCUCCCCUUCCCUUUCCCCCAUGCGAGGUGGCUUGGUCACCUGCCUCGUGGACUCGCCACUGGGGAGAGUGGAAUUGGAGGAGGAGCUGAUUGUUUUGACUCCCCCGUCGCCCUUCCGAGACUCUCUGGCAUCAAGCAGUAGCUCGGCUGUGUCUGAUAUAGAUCUUUGUCUCCCCCCGGUGCCCUCCCACCCUCCCCCGUCACCUCCUUCGCCCAGGUACAGGAGACUAAAUCUCAGAAACUACAGCCUGAGUUCCUCUUCGCUGUGAGGCAGAAACGACGCGGAGGGAGAGGACAAAGCGGACGGAUCGACUGGAAUCCGUUCAUCCCCGCGACGAUGUGAAAACGUUGUGUUUACAUGUGUGCAGUGAGAUCACAUUUUCAUCGUGAUGUUCCUUACAUCCGAAAGGAAAUUGGCCACAACGCAAAUCCGCGGUUGGAAAAAAUAUGUCUUAGGUUUUAGAUUGUGGCCUUACGCUAACAUGGCUGUCAGCUAAUUAGAGCUAGCGAUUGUGCGCUCGUGGUCCGUGUCCAUGUACUGUACGUAUACCUCCAUGAGUGCGUUUUAUUUGUCUUAAGGAGAAACGGGGCAAAGCUUGUGGACCAACGAAAAGCUCCCAAAGGGCACAUAAACUGUACAAUGAAUCUGCUGCACUGCAGUCAAACACGCACAGUUUGCGUGUGGAGACGCACACCGGAAGCAAACGUGUACAUAUUUCUCGAGUUGUGGGUUGCGUGGGUUGUUGCAGCUGCGGUAUGUUGCUUAGCACAAAAGCAUCUUUACGUGACAUUUAUAUUAGCCGUCAAAACUGUUACUCUGUUUAACUUGAUUCUUGAAGGGUUUGAAGGGAAACUUUGGGUUGACCACAUCGAAUCUUGUUGGUAAUUGGCUGAAAUCUGAACUCACCGGUUUAUAGCGACGUUACGCUUGAUGUCAGUCUCCUUGAGAAUUUCCAUGUAAUGUGACAGCGGGCUACUGCCGUCACUCUCCUUCAUAAUAUUUGACAGAAUUCAUUAGCUUCACUUCCAUUUCUUUGGGGAAAAAGUUCACAUCAUUAGCUUCUGUCAGUCUGCGGCACAGGUGAAAAACUUGAAAUUAUUCCCUCGUGUCCGUCGCAGAGCUUUGAUAAAUCCUCCACUCUGCCGCGUGCGUGUUCGCAGAAAGCACUUGAGGCCAAUUAUACACAUCAUUUAAAAACAAAUAAAAUCAAAGUAUUUUUAGUCACACAUUUUGGUUAAUGCUAAAUUACUUUAAACAUAUUAAAUGAAGUGCUUUCUACCAUGUUUACACAGGCAAGUAACCAGUACUGUAUAUAAAUUCUCUUUUUGUUGCCUGCCAACCUUACAUUAACAAAAAAAAAAACACACAGACACUGUUGCGAUUAAUAAUCAUGAAUUAAUGAUAACAUUUAGUUGAGAUGAGUUUUUUAAAUCUAUUUUUAAUCUUCACAUUUCCCUUUGCAUUCAACUAAAUUGUUGUUUUACAGAAACGUGAGAAUUAAUUUGCAAUUUCCACGAGCAAGGCUAGUUUUGUGUCCUGCCCGUUUCCAUCGUCAUGCUCCACAUGAACGAACUGUACCUGGAAAGAAAGUGUCAAAUAUAACUUUUACGAUCAUUUGCACAGCGACAAAAAACAAACAGUCUUGAAACAAACACUAUUGCCCCGGAAACUGUGCUACCCCCUCUGAAUGUGUCAGUUAAUAUUCCAAUUUAGCGCUCAUUUACAAUACAACACAACACAUUCUGAUUUCUGGAGCAGUUUCACAACCGCUGUAGCUGUAAUAAAGCGCCUGACAAAACCGUUAACAUAAAAUAAAAGAAUAAACUCAACACGUGACCUAAAAACACGGACAGUCGUGCAAUCUUAACCACUUUUCCCUCAUUUAUUUAGUAUUAUUGUGCCAAAGUGUUUUGGGGCGGGGCUAACUUACACGCUUUGUUAAUAAAUACGUGCUUUCAUAAAAACAAAACAAAAAAUGAGCUUUGUCUUCCUGUUGUAUUUUGAGAUGUUACAUUUGAGCGUUCUGUUCUUUUCAUUGUAAAAGCAAUUGUACCCGUAGAUCUAAAUGGGGUUUCUAAUCACUUUUAAGAAACACGGUACUUAUUUCUGCAUUCUCUGGGGGUAGUUUGCCAAGGAGCACGCGUGCCCUUUUCUUUUUGGAAAACUGCUCAAGGUGAAACGACGAGUUGUGUGUUCCUAAUCUCAUAUUCUCUACUACCUGUGUGUGUGUGCAAGAAAGACAUUUUCUUGUGUCUGCUUGGAUGGCAUUGGUUCGAGACAGAAUUGCUGGAAUUGUACUUUGAGUAAAAGCGACAUUUAUUUAGACUAUAAAUAUUGUUGUUGGUUAUUGGAGAUCAUUUGAAAGUGAACCCAAGAAAAACCAGGACCAUUCAUUUCCGUCUGUUCUCAUCAUCAUUAUUAUAAAUUGUGGUACAUCUUCUCUAUGCCGAGACCGACCAUGACCCAACAAUUAGCCUGCGCUUGCUGUGGCAACGAUUUGGGAGGAGCAGGUUUACACGUUACUGACACCGAGUGUGUUCAUUAUGUGCUAAGCGAGAGGGUUGAAAUGAGUGCAAUGCUUGUUCCCAGCACCCCCCCCCCCCCCCCCCCCCCCGGACUGUGUCAGGAUCAAUGCACACAUCUCAUUUCCUACAGGGACUCUGUGCUGUGACAUCAGCAAUAUUGGAAAAUCACAUGACCGAACAGAAAGAAAAUAACAAUUCACGAAAGGAUAAUCAUUUUGCGAGCAAAUCAAAUUUUCUUUUUUAAUUGAAAACCGCUAUCUCAACAUAUGAUGCGCUGAUGAUGUGUCGCCAAAAACCUGUAGCGCGACUUAGUUUUGUAACUGCACUCCAAAGAAUUGGAUUGAUAAUCCUUAUAUGUACUUUUAAUCCAAAAGCACUCAUCUGCUGAUCAUGGGAAAACAAUCCCCAGGUUACGUCAUCUUAAACUGUUUGCUUUUUGACCAAAUCGUUGAUGGUGAUCAGGAGCGUGAUCUGGUUUUAUCUACAACACUGUUUAAAAAGCAAACAAUGCAGGUUGUAAUCUCAUAUAUUGAUAGUUGCUCCACUUUGAUAAUAGGCCACGUGGAACCGUACUGAAUGAAACUCAAUUGUUGGCCAUGUGGAGGUUCUUUAUUUAUAUGUAUCGGCAUGCUUCAGCAGUGCAUGCCGAACAAUGGAAGUUCUUUCAACCCGCUGGCAUAUACAACAUGCUGCCUUCGCAAACAUAUCAAAUGACCUACUGCAACAUGGGAGAGGGACAAAAUGUACAGUACAUGCCACAUUAUAGCUCAAUCAAUACACCCAUAGAACAGAAUCAUAACACUAACCAGAUGGGGCUAAUGAUGACCGUGGAGUAACUACCACUUGUGGUUUGAAAGAUGAUGACUUUUUGGGUUGGUCCAAGGGUAGAGAAAGACAAAUCAGCAAAAUGGGGUUCCUCACUUGUCUAAGUUUGUAUGCUUAAUAUGAAAGAAGACGGUUUCGACGCAGCUGUAUUGUCAAAUGGAGGUACCGGUAUGUUGUUUGGCAAACAUACGGUAAUUCAUGACGUAUAUUUUACUCCGUCUGUUGUAUGACAUCAAAUAACCACACCUCAGUCAAGUUGGGGUCCAUCCCGAUUCGACGCUGAAUUACUUUUCUUUACGAUGUAUUUUUUCCAACUUCACGUAUCUGUUUGCUGGAAUGCAGAAACUGACCGAAAGAAUUGCUUCCCAUGUUCAAGUAGUAUGACCAUCACUAUGACUGAUCCAAGGAUGUUUGUGUGCAGACGGAGGCAGAGAGGCAUUUAAUUGGGAGUGCAGGGAAAAGACGGAACACAGAAAGACGUGCCAGUGCUGAAUAUUAAGUCCGUAGAGGCUGCGUACAAGACGGCGGCCGAGUGCAAUCCAGGGCAGAGGUGGUGAAGCCUGCUUGCGUAAACAUGCCUAACGUUUUGUGUACAGGAUACGGGUACUGCUGCUGACAAUUACAGUACUUUGCAUUGCAACUGACUGAAGAUCUCUUUUAUUGCAUUUUUGAGAUGGAGCUUAUAUAUGUUAUGAUUAUGAGUUAAAGUCUCAGAUACUUUAUGGAGUUGCGAGAGGCGAAGUGCAGGUCAUCGUUUUAAUAUACGGAGCAGGCAGAUCUGCCGAGUGAAUUUUUCUAUUAUACAAUGGAACCUUGUGAUUUUGAUUCCUUCUCUGACCUUCUUGGCAACCUGAAAUAUUCGCAUAGCGACGGGAAAUAAAUGGAAGUGCGUUAAUGCAUUACGUUAUAAUCGCCAUAGUUGUAAGGGUGUGUGACGAAAAUAAAUCCGGUCAAAUAUAAAAAUAAGUGAAACCAUUUUAUUGGUGUUCAAAACCAUGACUCAUCAAUGCCAAAGGGUUUCACAAAUUUUAAAUGAUGCAUUAACUCGUUCACUCCCAAAGACGUUUUUAAACGUCUUUUCAGACUUGGUCCAGAAUUGGCUGCUACUGAAUGAGUUUUAACUGAGAUCGUUUAUCUCUGGAAAUGUGGUGCUUGAAAAGAUCUGUUCGUGAACGUGUUUAUAACCAGAGGUGCCGCUGUACUUCGGAAUCUAAUGUCUCUGUUUAAGGUAUAACAAGCAAUGGAAGAUGUGAAAUCACAGCUAAUGGGAAAGGAAUAUCCAUGUCAUCAAAUAGACGCUAAGUCGUUAUUGCUUAGCAUAACCUCAAAUCAUUUGUGCGCUUUCAGUUGUGAUGAGAUUCUUGUUGUUUGACAGUAGAACUACCAAUAAGAAUAUGAAUGUUGCCUUCAGAAAGCGCCAUUUGCACGUUGCUGCUCACUGGAGCGGAUCUUCUUUAUCACGGGUAGUCAAGGCAUUCAUUUCCAUUCUCUUCAGCGUGAAUUUCCCUUUCUCUGCAACGCUAACGUGGGAAUGUGGAGGGAGCAGCAAAGCACAUUUCCAUUUUAAUAACAUGUUAAAUUUAUGUUUUCAAACUUUGCAUCGUACCAAGCAGUGAGUUUGGGCUUAGUUUUGAUUCAGUGGCAUAAUGGUUGGUUACUCGAAGAAAUCAAUAAAAGUCAUACUGAUUGCUUAAUUGCGCAGAAAGUGAUUGCAUGUACUCAUCACUGGACCAAAUGACUGUUACUGAAACAAAUGGUAAUAAUAACUGCUCUCUGCUAUUUGAUGUUCAGAAAAGUCAAAGUGUCAAGUGCGUAUCCUCACACUGUUGUUCUGUUUUAUCGAUGUGUUUUUAAGAUAAAGUUACCCAUAUGGUGCCAACUUUGAGCAACCCCCCGCCCCAUUUCGAGUGCUGUUUCUUUUUGUGAAAUUGUGAAUUGGAGCCAGAUUUACAAACCAACUUCUGUGAAAAAUCAUGGACUUUAAUGCUUAUUUUCAUAAGAGAUUAACUUGACGUACAUGUACAAAAACGAAAUUCAAUCUAUUGUUUAUUGAAAGGAAUCGCGUUUGUUCACCGUCGGCCAUUUGAUAUUCCGAGGAUUCAUUUUUAGCAAUGUUUUUGAAGCUUUGUCAUUUUUAUUUAUUUAUUUUUCUUCUGAUGACAGAAAUGUAGAAUGUAUGCUAUAUGUCUGUGAAACUUCAAGAUGGAUUUGUAUUUCAAUACUGUAUUUAGUCAUCUAUUUCAUAUAUCUCCUUGGAUUUGUAAAACGUGAACUGUCGAGACGAUACGGUCAUAGCGAUAUGAAAAUGAUUUCUAAGUGCUUUGUAGAGGCAGGGAAUUGAUUCGUACUGGUCUGAGUGCGUAGGGUGUGCGCUUCAAGCAUAUUUGACAUUUUUAGAGGCUAACUUGCUUUAGAUUGUUCUAUAAUACAACAGACAUGAAAUGAUUUUCUCAGAGAAUAAAGUGUCUUCGCAUUG